CUGACCCGGAAGCGCAUGAUUCUCCGCCCGUAGCCUCGGCGAUGGCGGAAUGGAAGGAGGAGGUGGAGGUGCUGGUGCAGCGGGUGGUGAAGGACAUCACUGGCGCUUUCCGCAGGAACCCCAACAUAGAUGAAAUCGGCUUAAUUCCAUGUCCUGAAGCAAAAUUUAAUCGCAGUCCCAUCGUUCUGGUGGAAAAUAAAUUGGGAGUGGAGAGCUGGUGCAUCAAGUUUCUGCUUCCUUAUGUACAUAACAAGCUCUUGCUGUACCGGCAGAAGAAGCUUUGGCUUAAUAGAGAUGAAUUGAUCGAUGUGACGUGCACCCUGUUAUUGCUGAACCCAGACUUAACCACUGCAUGGAAUGUCAGGAAAGAAUUGAUCCAGUCUGGAGCCAUCAACCCAGAGAAGGAUUUGCAGCUUGGAAAACUGGCUUUGACUAAGUUCCCUAAAAGUCCUGAAACAUGGAUUCACAGGAGAUGGGUAUUGCAGCACCUUCUUCAGGAGCACAUUCCUCCCUCAGUUGUGAAUAAGGAAGCACAGGUGCUCACCGAACAGCUCCAAGGUAUUGUCCGUGAAGAGAUGAAUGUCUGCUGUGAAGCAUCAGGAAGAUACCCAAGCAACUAUAAUUCUUGGUCCCAUCGAAUUUGGGUUCUGCAACAUUUGGGGAAACUAAAUGUCAAGCUUCUUAUAGAUGAGUUGUCUUCCACAAAACACUGGGUCUCCAUGCAUGUAUCAGACCAUAGUGGUUUCCACUAUCGUCAGUUCCUGCUGAAGUCUUUACUCUCCAGAGCACAAACAGACUGUGAAACGUCAAGCAGUGCAAGUCUUCCCAGAGAAGAGGAAGUUCCUAGGCCGGUUCUCCCACUCUUGAUAGAAGAAGAACUGGAACUAAGUAGCGAUCUUAUAGAGUCUUAUCCAGGACAUGAAGCUCUGUGGUGUCACAGGCGUCAUCUCGUUGGCUUGGUUCAUCAACUGCACAAUGAACAAUCUCAUGUGGAACCCUCUCAAGUCACAAGUGUGGACACGGCUGCUGUUAGCACAGGAAAGGAACCACAGCACCUCUGCACUGAUUUUUUGGGAUACCACACAAACACUAUGGAUGUCGAUGGCUGUGACACAAGCAAGCAGAGCUAUACCCAAGAAACGAAACGUCUAAAGCGCGCUCCUGUCCAAGACUCUCUUAUAUACGAAUCCGAGCUCAGGUUCAUUAGUUGUAUUUUGUCCAGCUGCCGAAAUGCUGAGCAGUCCAGGUUUGCUGCUUCGUACAGAAAAUGGCUCCUGUCAUUGCUAGGUCACUAACCAUGCUCGCUGCAUUAUGUAUGGAUUACUUACAGUGCAAUAUCUUUCUUUCCAUUAGCAGUGAUUUGAAUGGUUCCAAAGUCUCUGAACCAUCUUCUUCUCACUUCAUAGGACUCUACAGCAAGAUUUUUAAUUUAUUUUUUUCCCCACCCUUUUUUUCCCCAUUUUUAUUUAAUACGAUGAUGGAAAGAUGAGAUUUAUCUUUAUACGAUGCCUAUGCCUUUGAACAUGGCAAAAUCAUUUCAAACUGUUACAAGUAAAUAGCUAUUUUAGUUUGUAAAAUCAAAUCCAUUCUGGGUGUUGGAAAUUCCAAAAUGUUUACUUGAAAAUUUUAGGUAAAAGUUACAACUGUCCCCUUUUAUCUUAUUAAGGCUCCAUUCAGACAUCCGUAGAAUGG